AAUGGUGUUCUUUCAAGUGCAAAUCACAAUUAAAAUAUAAAUGUGGCAACAUUGAUUUUCUGCAAAGUAGUGAUUAUAAAAAUGUCGGACAUAAACGAUGAACUGUUUAAUUAUGAGUUAGGUGAUGACAUUGAUGAUCAGGCUGUACUGGGUGUAGAUGAAGAUGAGUUACUUCUUUCCGAUGAAGAAUUAGAACAAAACGUUUCCAAUGAGGAAAAGCAGAAAAUUAAAGAAGAUGCUGAACAGUGGGUGGAAUCUCAAAUUAAUGAAGAAUUUGAUAGUAACAGUUUUAAAAUAGUAAAUAUUAACAACGCAACAGAUAAAGAUUUAAUGGAAGUAAAGAUUAUUGACCAAGGAAAAUUAUUAGCACAUGAACAAACUGAAGUUACUCCAAAUGCAUGUCCACUUGCACUGUUAAAUUUACCAACAUUAAAAGCAACUACUGUCUCAAGAGAUGAUUAUACUAUACCAUUAUCUAUAUUAAAACAGCAGCAGGGACUGCAGGUGCCAAACAUUAAAGAACAACAUUUAACUAUUUGUGACUCAUAUAAAAGCUCCAUUGCUGACAAAGUAAUAGCAAGUAAUAAUAACCCAUUAUACAGAGAUCUUUCUUCUAUAACAAGUUGUUCAACGAAUAUCGGUAUGGAUAUAUCUGCUUCUUUACAAACUUCUCAAGAAAGUUCUGAAGAUAUAGUUACGUUAUGCAGUAAUAAUGACGAUUUUGAAGAUAAUCGUGAAAAAAGAACGAAUAUAAAAACAACAAGUGAACGCAACGUAGAAUCAACCACAGACCUAAAGGAUAAAAUACGUUUUGUUUCAAAUAAACGUAAUAUAUCUUAUCAAAUAAGACCUCAUGGAAUUCGAAAUGCAUCAUUUUUUACUCAACGUCCACUUUUAAGAUAUCCUCACGGUCAAUUUCUGCCUCAACAGUCUUCAAAUCUAUAUACAACACAUAGCACACAAGCAUCCAAUUUGGCUUCUAACCAAACAGUAAAUGUAAACAACCUUCAUGGCACCCCUAAUCAACUUGAUCCUUUAAAUUCGAAUCAUAUGCCACACUUACGUAGUUCAUAUCCAGCUUUUCGAACACCUGUACCAAUUAAUUUUAGGCUCCCUAAUCCAGGAAUAUAUAAUCACGUGCCUCAUGACUACAGUGUAACUAGCGGAUCAGCAUAUAAUUCGAAUUUUGUACAAAACCAAACACCAUCGCGUCCCAUAUAUCGCCCUGAAAUAAGCAUGCAAUCUGGUUUACGUGCUGGGACUCGUAUUCAACGUCCCAUAUUACAAUCUGUAUCCAAUCAGAACUAUAUUAAUAGUCCAAUACGCGUUCAACAGAUACAGCAUCAUACAGUUACCAUGCCAUCAAAUAUUCAAACUAGUGGUUCAGGAAUAUCAGUGUCUUCUAUACAGCAAUUUAUUUAUGAGCGAAUGGGCUAG